AUGAAUGGAAGAGCCUCUUCCAAGAAUAUUGUAACGUGGGUUCAUCCUUUUGAAAGUUUUACUAUGGAUAAUAAUUGCUUUAAGGAAAUGGGUGAAUUUAGAGAAUGGGUGAAUGAAGGUCGCAGACCACGCAACAAGGAUCGUGAAAUUUAUGUUGCACUGUUUGCGAAAAGAUUCAUAUGUGAUAGCAAUGUGGUUGACAAUGAAUGUGAUGUCAAUACACAUCACAUCAAGUUUGACUCGUUGUUGUGGAAGUAUGGCAAGAUGAAACUUGAGAAACAUAUUACAAACAGUGAAUCUGAAUCAUCGUGA